AUGAAGAAUGUGUUAGCAAACGUUCAUCCAAAAUCUAUCUAUCCAUCUCAAACUAUCUAUGAAAAUAAAAGUAUCUAUUGGUUGAGUUGUUUUUUACGGCUUAUCAACCUUAUGGGAGCUAUAGAUUGCAUCUAUCUCUCUUCCCUCAAAUUGAAUAAAUCUAGGAAUAAGUUAUCUAUCUUUCAAUGGUCUAUCUAUCUAUUUUUCUUUCUUUCUUACCUAGUUGUUCUUUUGGUCCAAUCCAUCCAUCUAUCUAUCUAUCUAUCUAUCUUGAUUUAUCCACUGUCUUGUUUUUCAUUUUUCUCCUUUUUCUUUCUUUCCCACUUUCAUUUAUCUAUCUAUGUGUCUAACUAUCUAUCUAUUUCUGUUUUUUUUUAUCUAACUUUUCUUCUUCUUCAUCUAUCUAUCUAUCUAUCUAUCUAUCUUCUGUCUUUCAUUUAUCUCAAAAUUUCUUCUUCUUCAUCUAUCUAUCUAUCUAUCUAUCUAUCUAUCUAUCUAUCUAUCACUUUCUGUUUUUCAUUUAUCUUUUUCUUCUCUAUUCAUCUAUCUAUCUAUCUAUCUAUCUAUAUUUUGUUUUCAUUUAUCUCUUUUUCUUCUUCUUCUCUUCUAUCUAUCUAUCUAUCUAUCUAUCUAUCUAUCUUUCUGUUUUUCUAUUUAUCUCUUUUCUUCUUCUAUCAUCUAUCUAUCUAUCUAUCUAUCUAUCUAUCCAUCUAUCACUUUCUGUUUUUCAUUUAUCUUUUUCUUCUUCUUCAUCUAUCUAUCCUAUCUAUCUAUCUAUCACUUUCUGUUUUUCAUUUAUCUCUUUUUCUUCUUCUUCAUCUAUCUAUCUAUCUAUCUAUCUAUCUAUCUAUCUAUCUAUCUAUCACUUUCUGUUUUCAUUUAUCUCUUUUUCUUCUUCUUCAUCUAUCUAUCUAUCUAUCUCAUCUAUCACUUUCUGUUUUCAUUUAUCUCUUUUCUUCUUCUUCAUCUAUCUAUCUAUCUAUCUAUCUAUCUAUCACUUUCUGUUUUUUCAUUUAUCUCUUUUCUUCUUCUUCAUCUAUCUAUCUAUCUAUCUAUCUAUCCACUUUCUUUUUUUUCAUUUAUCUCUUUUUCUUCUUCUUCAUCAUCUAUCUAUCCAUCUAUCUAUCUAUCUAUCUAUCUAUCACUUUCUGUUUUCAUUUAUCUCUUUUCUUCUUCAUCUAUCUAUCUAUCUAUCUAUCUAUCUAUCUUUCUUUCUUUCUAUUUAUUUCUUUUCUUUUAUCUUCUUCAUCUAUCUAUCUAUCUAUCUAUUUAUCUAUCUAUCAUCUUAUCUAUCUAUCUAUCACUUUCUGUUUUCAUUUAUCUCUCUUCUUCUUCUUCAUCUAUCUAUCAUCUAUCAUCUAUCUAUCUUUCACUUUUUUUUAUCUAUCUUUUUCUUCUUCUUCAUCCAUCUAUCUAUCUAUCUAUCUAUCUACUUUCUGUUUUUUCAUUUAUCUCUUUUUCUUCUUCUUCAUCUAUCUAUCUAUCUAUCUAUCUAUCUAUCUAUCACUUUCUGUUUUUCAUUUAUCUCUUUUUUUUCUUCUUCUAUCUAUCUAUCUAUCUAUCUAUCUAUCAUUUCUGUUUUAUCUAUCUAUCUAUUUUUUUUCUUCUAUCAUCUUUCUUUCUAUCUAUCUCUUUUUAUCUAUCUAUCUUUCUAUUUUUCAUUUAUCUCUUUUUUUUCUUCUAUCAUCUAUCUUUCUAUUCAUCUAUCUAUCUUUCUAUUCUAUCUUCUAUCUAUCUCUUUUCUAUUUUUCAUUUAUCUAUCUUUUAUUUCUAUCUAUCUAUCUAUCUAUCUAUCUAUCUAUCUAUCACUUUCUGUUUUUCAUUUAUCUCUUUCUUUCUUCAUCUAUCUAUCUAUCUAUCUAUCUAUCUAUCUAUCACUUUCUGUUUUUCAUUUAUCUCUUUUUCUUCUUCUUCAUCUAUCUAUCUAUCGAUCUAUCUAUCUAUCUAUCUAUCUAUCACUUUCUGUUUUUCAUUUAUCUCUUUUUCUUCUUCUUCAUCUAUCUAUCUAUCUAUCUAUCUAUCUAUCACUUUCUGUUUUUCAUUUAUCUCUUUUUCUUCUUCAUCUAUCUAUCUAUCUAUCUAUCUAUUACUUUCUGUUUUUCAUUUAUCUCUUUUUCUUCUUCUUCAUCUAUCUAUCUAUCUAUCUAUCUAUCUAUCUAUCACUUUCUGUUUUUCAUUUAUCUCUUUUUCUUCUUCUUCAUCUAUCUAUCUAUCUAUCUAUCUAUCUAUCACUUUCUGUUUUUCAUUUAUCUCUUUUUCUUCUUCUUCAUCUAUCUAUCUAUCUAUCUAUCUAUCUAUCUAUCUAUCUAUCUAUCUAUCACUUUCUGUUUUUCAUUUAUCUCUUUUUCUUCUUCUUCAUCUAUCUAUCUAUCUAUCUAUCACUUUCUGUUUUUCAUUUAUCUCUUUUUCUUCUUCUUCAUCUUUCUAUCUAUCUAUCUAUCUAUCACUUUCUGUUUUUCAUUUAUCUCUUUUUCUUCUUCUUCAUCUAUCUAUCUAUCUAUCUAUCUAUCACUUUCUGUUUUUCAUUUAUCUCUUUUUCUUCUUCUUCAUCUAUCUAUCUAUCUAUCUAUCUAUCUAUCUAUCUAUCACUUUCUGUUUUUCAUUUAUCUCUUUUUCUUCUUCUUCAUCUAUCUAUCUAUCUAUCUAUCUAUCUAUCUACCACUUUCUGUUUUUCAUUUAUCUCUUUUUCUUCUUCUUCAUCUAUCUAUCUAUCUAUCUAUCUAUCUAUCUAUCUAUCUAUCUAUCACUUUCUGUUUUUCAUUUAUCUCUUUUUCGUCUUCUUCAUCUAUCUAUCUAUCUAUCUAUCUAUCUAUCUAUCUAUCUAUCUAUCUAUCUAUCUGGCUAGCUUGCUAG